AUGAGGGCCGAGCUGCAGCAGCUAGCGGACCACAUUCGCGCUCAGGCCACGGUCGGCGACAGCCUGGUGGAGAUGCGCUCAGAGAUUGACGGAAUCAGUCAGGAGAUUCGCCGGUUGAAGGAAGCGAGCGAGGCGUCAGCAGCGAGGGUCGCCGACGACAACGGCUCCGAGCACACCGUGGUCGAGUGGCUCAAGGACAUGGUCACAAUGUUGAAGGGCCAGGUGGCCGACCUCGCCGAGAGCUUCAACGUGACGAGGCUGCUUCAGCUGCAGCAGAACAGCGAGGCCCGAAGUGCGCUGCUGGAAGGUGACGUGCGCACGCUGGAGGACUCGGUGCAGACUCAGCUGACGCAGCUGCGCGCCGACCUGGCCGAGCUGCUGGCCAAGUCGCAGGACCGUCACAACACGUACGCCCACCUGCUGGACGAGGUGGCGACACUGCGGAAAGAGCUGCUCCUCUCGCCUGCACCCAGCGCGACCGCCGCUUUGCCCCGCCACCACCGGCGGCGCCACCAUCGCCGCCACAGGGGGCACGGCAGCGGCGGCCCGUUCCAACUGCACGCGCUCGAGCACGUGGUGGACGUCAUCUACCGACAGCAGCUGCGGCUGGACGGCGAGCUGCGCGAGGCGCGCCGCAACGUGACGUCACAGCGCGAGCGGCAGCAGGCGACGGAGCGGCGUCAGGAGGAGCUGGCCGACCGGCUGGAGCAGGGCGAGCGCGCCCGACAGGAGCUAAGCUGGCAGCUUAACGUCACCGCCGGACGGGACACGAUGCGGGACAUCCAGACAUCGACGCAGCAGCUGGUGCGGGAGGUGGAGGAGCUGGAGACCAAGCUGGACAGCCGGGUGGUGGAGAUGCGCCACGACCUGGCGCGUCUCGAUGUGAGCUACGACCAGCUGAACUCGGCUGUCCAGCAGGUCAAGGACGAGUACAAGGAGGUGCCGUCGCUGCGGAACAAGGUGAAGCAGCAGCUGGCGACGCUGACGGAGCGGCAGGAGCUGGACCGCACCAGCCUGCUGACGCUGCAGAGUGACAUGCUGUCGUACGCGCUCGACUGCUGCCGGCCGGCGGCGGGCGCCGGCGCGCCAGACGCCGCCCGGGGCGUCGGCGGCCGGGAGGCGUGAGACUGCCGCCGCGCCGCUUCCAGUGCCAGGGAUGGUGUCACGGACGCAGCUCUGCUAGUCAUCGUGUCAAUUUGUGUGAUCGCUGUACAUACAUAGGUGCUCAUUGUCAUAUGCGAAUCGAGGAAGAUCAAAGCGGUUGUGACGUCGGAGAUUGUGCACCAUUGCCGUCUGUAUGUGUGAUCGCAGCCACAGGCGGCGCGGUAACCGACUGACGGCAUU